UCUACCGUGUGAAAUCUCCACCUCCCGCAUGGACUGACCGUUUCGUCCAGAUUGAGGAGUUUAUUUCUCUCAUUAAGGUUCCAGUCCGAGACGUGAGAGACGGGGGCACAUCAUGAAGUCCCUGCUGCUCCUUAUCUUCACUCUUCAUCUCACUUCAGCAGUCCGUCCUGAGGCGUCUCUGUUCCAGAAGGACUCUUCUUCUCCAGUGGUGUGUCAUGCUACAGGUUUCUUCCCCAAAGCAGUGAACAUCUCCUGGCAGAAGAAUGGAGAGGAUCUGCAUGAGGACGUGGAGCUCAGAGAGACGCUACCCAACCAGGAUGGAACCUUCCAGAAGAGGAGCGUUCUGACCGUCUCACCUGAGGAGCUGGACAGACACAACUACACCUGCAUCAUUCAGCACAGCAGCCUGGAGAAGGAGAUGGUGCUGCACGUGUCUAGACGCAGAGUCCGUCCUGAGGCGUCUCUGUUCCAGAAGGACUCUUCUUCUCCAGUGGUGUGUCAUGCUACAGGUUUCUUCCCCAAAGCAGUGAACAUCUCCUGGCAGAAGAAUGGAGAGGAUCUGCAUGAGGACGUGGAGUUCAGAGAGACGCUACCCAACCAGGAUGGAACCUUCCAGAAGAGGAGCGUUCUGACCGUCUCACCUGAGGAGCUGAACAGACACAACUACACCUGCAUCAUUCAGCACAGCAGCCUGGAGAAGGAGAUGGUGCUGUACGUGUCUAGACGCAGAGUUUCAGGUGGAGACUGGAUUGGUAUCAUUGUAGGUGCAGUAGUGACUGCUCUCCUCAUUAUUGUUGUAAUUGUUGUGUGGAUGAAGAAGAAGCAUCAGCCUGCUUAUCAGGCUCCCGCAGGUGUCUGAAAACCUCCCGAGUGGGACAGAUGGUGAAGCAGAUGAUGAACGGCUCUGAAUCGACUCUGAGUGAAGAGAUCAGUCAAACACUGCUUAUAUUAUACAAACAUCUUUAUUAAUUAACUUUUAAUUGGGAAAUCAUUUCUCUUCUUGGUUUUAUUUUUCUGCUUUUCUGUUUUUGCUUCAUUGUGCAUUCAGUAUGAUGACCGUUGGGAUUCACAUUUUUAUUCUGUAGGAUCUCCAUGAUAUCACACUUUGAUAUUUGUUGAAUUAGAUACAUCACAUUUCGAUCCCUAAAUUUACCUUAUGAACCAGUCUGAAACUGACCACUGCACUUCAGCCUGGACGUGCUUUAGCUCAAACUCUCUGGGCAGUUAUUACAAAGUGACAAUUUAUAGAAUUAAGGCUGCAGCCCAUUACGCAGCUAGAAAAGUGCAACAAUAUGAUGAUACUUGUAAUGGAUAUUCUGUUUAUUCAGAAACAUUUCAUUUAAGCUAAGAGCCAGAUACAGUCCUAAAAUCACAAACCUCUGUCAGCUGUUUAGUCAUUAAUAAUAUUCAAUGUAAAAUAUUUGCACAUUUACUCUAUAAGAAGUAGAGAUGCAUUAAUACUGAUACUGGUAUCAGGUAUUGGCCUCAUACUGAACUUAUUUACUCGGCUCACAGUCAUAAAAACACACUGAUACCAACAUCUGAUACCAGCUAAUACCACGUCAAGCCAAUAUACUAAAUACCACUAUAGUGUACACUGCAGGGCUAAUGAAGAAAUGACUCAAGCUGACAGUGGACAAGGGUUUAGAAGUAAAGAAUUGUGAGGUUUAAAUGGUAAUACUGUAUGGUACAUAUUUUAAAACUGUCUUUGUGAAAUAGGUGGUAAAGAGGCUGUGUUAACUACUAAACAAUCAGAUUUCUAAAAUCACAUAGUGUAGCUCUGGCUUUAGAGGACAUUCAACCGCAGCUCAACUAGCCAAAAAAAAAACCCACACACACCAAAAAGAUGAAAAACUUAGACUCAGAAGUGCUUUCUGCACUCACUGUGCUACAGAAACUGAAAGGGAUAGAUGAGGAUCAAAACUAUGAAACAUACUUUACAUGCUUAAUUGCAGAAAUGCUUCUCUGAUGUGGGACCAAACCCACUCUUUCCAUUGCAGUGCUACUCGAUCCAAGGUAACUAAUAUAGCAUAGCUGACUGUAGGACUUCAUUUAACAUCAGCAUUUUAAUUCCUAAGGUAUAUUGCACUCAUUUACACUUAAGUAAUCAGUUCUUUAAUUCUAAGUAGUUAACUCAGUAUGUGUCGUUUUCUGCAAGUACUGAAACACACAUACUUAAUCUGAUAAAAAUGGUAUCGACACAUCCCGUAUGACAAGUUAUUGUUUAUCCAAUAGGCACUUUCCUAACACCAAUUCACAGUAUUUGCAGCUAUUUGCAUCGCUAAGCUAGCGCUGUUGUAUAUUCACAUUUAAUGCCGACUAGUUUAAGUAUAAUUAUCCUGUUUUUAUUUUGUCUGUGUUGCAGUUUGGCUGUGAGUCCUUCUGUAAAAAUCUGAAUCUGUAGCCUGUUUCUGUGAAUUACUGAAAGUUCUGUGAAUUGCCUCUUCACGGUCUGCUAACCUUCCGUUGUAAAGAUAGAACACUCAAGCAGUACCGGAAUAGUUAUCUACUGAAAUUGUGUUAUUUUAUCACCACUAAUCUGUGCUCAGGGGUGCUGGUAGUAAUUCAAUACUGACAAUUCUAUGCAUGAGCCAAUUGUUUUAAAAUGUGCCAGUUUUUCACAUUUAUCCAGAGAUAAUAAGCUUUAGUUGUGAAAUAAUGGAGAUGUUCUGGCUUCAUACUUACAUUCAUACUUACAAGACAUGAAGGAAAGACUAGGAAGGGUUUUUAGCAGACACAGCAGAUACCAGAUUACUUUGUACAUCAUCUUCGGUGUCAGAUCAGAUCAUUUCAGUGGUUGAGAGAACAUCAACAGAUACAGAGGUUAUGUUGCACUAUUGAUUUAUGAGGGAAAAAGCACCAAAACUGCAGCUGCACUUUUAUAUUCCUUUAUACUAGCAGCUCCAGCAUAUAUUCAUGACACACCGUUACUUCUGAAACACUGGCUCACACUGUGUUUUCAGUUCUCACUGUUCUUUUUUCUGUUUUUCCCGGUGUUUUUUUUUUAUCUUCAUUUAUAAUUAUGUACAUGCUAAGUACACUAAAUCAAAUACACUAUGUACCUCUAUAAGCUUGUUGGAUAUUCCCAAACCAUGGGCCAUAAUAUAUAGUUGUCCCUUUUGCGACUAUAACAGCCUCACCUCUUCUGAAAAGACUUUCUACAGGGUUUUGGAGAGUCUGUGAACGAAAUAACACUGAAUCAUUUACAUCAUAUUGGGCAGAUCAAAGAAUCAUGAUGUAAGCUCAGGUGAAAACGCUUUAAAUGGGAAAUAGUCAUUGUCUAUGUAGCCACUGCAAUCCACCUUACUGAUAACUGCAUGAAUCUAGCAUUUUCACCCUUAGUCAACUCUUAAUCCGUGGUUAAUGACACAGUUGUUACACAUAAUAACUGCAAAUGGAUCCUUUUGUUUGUCUUAUAAUGUUGUGGUCUUUAAGAGAGAACGACAGAAGACGUUGUUCAGGAACUUUUCUCUCUGUUUUCUUUUUUUUCCACUGUGCAGAACAGUAAUGUGCUUUGUUUUUUUAAGGAGAAAACGUUAAAGUGUUUUAAUGUGAACUGCCCAAGAAUAGGAACUUUAAAUAAAGUCUUAAAUGCUUUUUAUA